GAUUCUUCAAAACUCGGGCGAUUUUGUUUCCUCAAGCGGGUAUUGUAUAUUUUCCCGCUCAAGCAAUAGUUUCUGUUUCGAGAACAUCUUCUUCGAAUGAAUGGCAUCCGCUUCCGAUUCCCGAUCAACCGGCGUCACCGGCAGAAUCAAAUCCGCCGCCACCAUUAUGCACUCCGACAAUCAAUCCCUCCUUGCAGAAUUGCGUAAGACGCUGAUUAUGAUGAAGGAAAUUGGGGUGGAUUUGGAGAAGGAAAAACAGUACAAGAUGGUCAAGGAGCUUGAAAAAUCUAUUGUUGAGCUGUUGAGUGCCUAUGAAAACUGUAACAACUUUUCAUCUGCAAUUCAGUCGGUUGGAAAUACAUAUGAACCAAAAGAAGAGUUGACAGAUUUUGAGAAACUACUUGAUGAUGAAGUUGCAAAAGUCAGCGAAAGUUCAUCUUCAAAUUUUGCGAACCAUCCUAUAAUUCGGCAAUUUAGAGAAGCUAUUUGGAAUGUUCACCAUGCAGGACAAGCUAUGGCAGGUGAGGAGCAGGAAGACGUUGUGAUGACCAGUACUCAGUGUAAUCUAUUGAAUGUCACUUGCCCGUUAAGUGGAAAGCCUGUCACUGAAUUAGCAGAACCCGUUCGCAGCGUGGAAUGCAAGCACAUAUACGAAAAGGCAGCCAUAAUGCAGUACCUUAAUUCCAAGAAAUCUCGCGCUCAAUGCCCGGUUGCAGCCUGUCCUAAGAUGUUGCAGCCUGAUAAGGUUGUGCUUGAUCCAUUCUUAGAGAUUGAAAUCGAUGAACUACGAAAGAUGUCUAGGCAUUCUGGGAGAAUACAGGACUUCACAGAGCUUGAUGCAGAUUAGCACCACUGAAUUACUUUCUUUUCCUCCUUUACAUUUUGUUAUCUUUAUUAGCGUUGUCACCGGUUGGUCGUUCGGGUCAGUCUCUGGAUCAAAUGUUUUGGUUGGUAAGUUAAGCUAGUUGGGAUGUAUAUGGUAUGUAUAGUUUGUCUAUAUCGUCUCUAGUUGAAUGGAGAAACAUGGCUUCAUUGACAAAUUGUCAUUGCCCUUUAUAUGUUGAGUAAAAAAUGGUGGUAUGUAUGUACUUUGAAUUUGUGGCCUUAAUCAAAAUAAAACAAACUACAUUUUAUCCA